CGCAAAUACAUAGGCACCAACACAUAGCAUAAUGACUAUGAACGCGUUAUUUGCUUCUGUUCCUAUAGAUUUGCAACGAUUUGAGCUCAGUAGCCUCCCAAAACACCGAGAACGUUUGUUAACUGGACAUAGCAAUCGCCGAGCGUUCGAAGCAGAACGCAUCCGGGAGCUUGAAAGACUUUUCUUAAAGCCACAGACCGCUAAAUCUGAGGCUAAAGGAUCAUGCAGAGGGCACCCUUUGUCUGUUGGGGCGAUCCUUUGCCGCUCCGAGUAUGGAACUGUACGGCAACCCUCUACCAAGACCUCGCUUCAACAUAGGAGGAUGAAGGGAGAGACGAAUGCCCAGAAUGAAUCUUUGCCGAAGCCUUCCCAGAUAACAGUGGCUGAAGAAGCACCCUCCACAAAUGUAAGAUUUUUAUUAUCAAAUGGUGUCAAAAAGGAGGAACCUAACUCUGAGGCCAAAGAUGUGAUAAAAUGCCAAGACCUUGAUAGCAUUUCCGGAAGAUGCCGGAGAAGGAUGCCUCAAGCAACGAUUCCAGAACCCGUUCACCCCACCAUUAUCGCUCUACUGUCCGAUAACAAGCGUGGAAAGGGACAUAUCAAGACUGUUGAAAACCAUUUUAUUAGCGCGAUGCAACCAUCAACUCUCCAGACAACUUCGAGAAGGACAUUAAAUCACCUCGAAAUCGAUGGCAAUACAGUUAACACGACGAGUUCGAGUGGAGAUGAUAGGCCCCGCGCGUAUGCUACCACCACUGCUCGUGGCGGUGGGCAGUUGGAGUACGAUGAUCCCCUUGUCAACCCAUAUUGUCGAAACGCCCUUGUGGCGCGGCACCACCAGCGGAGCCGUCGUCGAGAGGCGGCAAGUACUUUUCCUUUGAUUUCCCCCCGCGAAGAUUUCUCUGCAGCCGAAGACAACAUUCCUACCGAUUUGGAUGUAGUGGGUUCUGGACAAGUCGUGUUACGUCAAGAAAAGACCGUACAAGAAGAACAAAGCGUGGUGGCACCCCCUUUCAGUAGAGGUCGGGUCGAGCUUACGGAGAGCAAUAAACCACCUUCAACCACCUUUGAGGACAUCCAACGAAGGCAUCGCGCACGGGAGAUGGAAUGGAUCACCUCCUAUACCCCCUCAUUGCGCCUGCAUAACACCAGGCCCAGUCUCGGCCGCGUCGGCUAUACAGACUACAGCCUCACAUUUAACCGUGUGCAGGCAGAUCCGUCCUCGAAGAUGUAUGCUGGCGCCGAUGAGCGCUUCCGGACCAUUCAACGAUACCCACUUGAAACCCCCAACCUCUGGCAGCUUCAGCAGCGGAAGGAAAAGCGACAAAAGGAGUUGAAAUAUUCAGAUUCUUAA